UGAAAGUUGAUGAAGACUGUGGGAUAAAGAGAAACUGCUACUGAGUUUUUCCACUUGGAAUUAAGGCUAAAAUUUCCAUACGCUUGUGCGAAUCCUCACAUCCAGUGAUCGAAAGGAUACGAGAAACAUCAAAAUGGCAUCACAAGAUAUCAUCUUUAUAAAGGAGGAAGAUCUGAUCAACGCUGUAACAUCAAUUAUUUAUUCAAACUCCACGCCGCUUAUUAACGAUGUUCAGCCAGCUACUACAUUUCUUUCUUUCUUCAUAAAUUUUCCCGGCGAAUUUUCUCCCUACAAUGCAAUAGAGGCAUUUUUUUUAACUGCGCUGCUCCUCUUCAUCACUUUCCUGACGGUAGCAGGUAAUGCUACCAUCUUUUUCAUCAUCAUAUACUUCAAAAGAUUUCGACGCUCCAACUACUUGGUGAUCAGCUUGGCGGUGAGCGACUUGCUGGUCGGUUUAAUAGUAAUGCCACCAGCCAUAAUCUAUCAAGUAUCGGGUGAUUGGUACUUUGGUUCUAUCUCGUGUCACAUUUGGCUCAGUGCCGACGUGCUCAACUGUACCGCCAGUAUCUUCAAUCUCUGCAUGGUUUCCAUAGACAGAUUCUGGCUGAUUAUGAAACCGCUAAAAUAUGAAACGAAGAGGACGAAACUACGGAUGUCGCUGUACAUCAUCCUCAUUUGGUCACUAGCCAUGUGUAUUAGUCUGCCGCCUCUUUUAACCAUGGGAAAUGAAUAUGAAGAAGUACAAAAUGGGCCCACUCUUUGCGCACUUUACCAGCAUUUUGUCUACCAAAUCUACGCGAUUGUAGGAAGCUUCUAUAUUCCACUACUCGUCAUUAUUCCGAUAAACUACAAACUAUUCAAUGCCGCGCGCGAUAAAUCUGCCAUGAAUUAUCAAGUGGGUCGAUUUGACAUGGAAAUGGAGCCCGAUGUUAAUUCAUCUUUCGAUCACCAUAGGAUUAUGUGUUCAACGAGUUGUCCACGACAUUCCUACAAGAAGUGUGUAAAGCUGACCAGUCUGCAAAAUACACAUAUAAAAAAUACCAUCGCAUCUACAAGCGAAGGUAGUCCAAGGCGUCACUUCAGCAGCGAACGCCGAGAGAGUCUUAUGCGGAACAUGUUACAAAAAUCGAUAAGAAUACUGAGGACCGGUAACAGUCGGGCCUGCAUUUGUAAUAAACGUCAGCUAAGGAGAAGAAAAAGUGAACGAAAGGCGAGCACUACUUUGGGCAUCAUCGUUGGUGCCUUUAUUGUUUGCUGGCUACCAUUCUUUAUGUUAGCACUAAUUAGACCAUUCUACAAACCUGAUGCUAUUCCGCACUCAGUAUCAUCUCUGUUCCUUUGGCUUGGUUAUUGUAAUAGUGCGUUGAAUCCAAUCAUCUACGCGAUUUUCAAUAAGGAGAUUCGCAAACCAUUUAUUUUAAUAAUGUGUUUACGCUGGCGUAACAUCAAUGAGUUAAUGCGUGAGGAAUAUUACCAACGACAGUUUGGUGAACGAAGGACAAGGAAUGAUAUUAACGGCGGUAAUGACGGUACGGAGAAUACCGAACGGGCGGAUCUCGAUGAUAAUAAUCAAAACAUCGGCCACAAUAAUCAUGAUAUCGACAAUAACAAUCAGAACGUUAAUAACAACCAGAACAUUGACAAUAAUAAUCAGGAUGUCGACCAUAACAAUCCAGAUAUCAGCAAUAAUAAUCAGGAAAUCGAUGGUAACAAUCAAGACAUCAACGAUAAUAACCAGGACAUUGGUAAUAACAAACAGGAUGUCGAUAAUAAAAAACAAGAACCUGAUGAUAGCAAAGUUAUAGUCAAUAAAAAUCAGAUUAUCAUUGACAUUGUUAAGGAGUCGGAGAUAUCCCGCUUCUGAUCCAAGGCGUGUUCCUCUAAUAACGAGGAUUAUGGUAUUCAACGAAGAUCAUCAUCGUACUGCAUGGACAUCUUUCAAGUUGUCGCUGAAGUUCAUGCACCUUGUAUAACAGAAACUCUUGUGUGAUCGAUCAAGAUGGAUACCAGACAUGUUCCAAGAAGAUUCAGUGGUGUUUGCUCCAUAUGAUGUUUAUACAUUAUCUAAUUAAUAAUUUACUCUCUGUUUCUGCUGUUAUUUCG